GCGUAACUAAGCGUCCGGCGCCCAUUAUGAAGGACGUCGGAGGAAGUCGCUCCCCAGGCUAGAAGUGCGGAGUGUCCCAUCCUGCGGAAAGUGGUUCCAGCUUCACUCCUCACUUCUAAGGGAGAAACCGGAGAACAGACGCAAUGUCCAGCUCGCAGUUUAACAAAGGACCCGCGUAUGGAUUUUCUGCGGAAGUCAAAAGCAAAAUUGCCCAGAAGUAUGAUCCUCAGAAAGAGGAGGAAUUGCGGAUUUGGAUCGAAGAUGUGACCGGACGCGCCAUUGGGGAUGACUUUCAGAAAGGGCUGAAGAACGGGGUCAUCCUGUGCGAGCUGAUCAAUAAGCUGCAGCCUGGUUCUGUGAAGAAGAUAAACCCAUCCUCUCAAAACUGGCACCAGCUGGAGAACCUGUCAAACUUCAUCAAAGCCAUCACGACGUAUGGGCUGAAGCCACAUGACAUCUUUGAAGCCAAUGACCUGUUUGAGAACGGCAACAUGACUCAGGUGCAGACAACGCUUCUGGCCCUGGCCGGCAUGGCUAAGACUAAAGGCCUUCAGACCUCUGUGGACAUCGGGGUCAAGUACGCAGAUAAGCAGGAGAGGGCCUUUGGUGAGGAGAAGAUGAAAGCUGGACAUUGUGUGAUUGGGCUUCAGAUGGGCACUAACAAGUGUGCCAGUCAGGCAGGCAUGAACGCCUAUGGCACAAGGCGGCACCUGUAUGACCCCAAGGCACACAUCCGAGCCCCCAUGGACAACUCCACCAUCGGUCUGCAGAUGGGCACCAACAAAGGAGCCAGCCAGGCUGGCAUGACUGCUCCUGGAACCAGACGUGCCAUUUAUGACCAAAAGCUGGGCACUGACAAAUGCGACAACAGCACCAUGUCACUGCAGAUGGGGUACACUCAGGGCGCCAACCAGAGUGGGCUGAACUUUGGUCUGGGCCGCCAAAUCUACGAUGCCAAGUACUGCCCCAAGGGUGAAAUGGAGGAUGAUCAGAAUGGGGUGAUGGCGGGGGGCUAUGCCCAGGAGUACCAGGAUGAGAGGUACCAAGAGGAAGGGCAGGACUACUAGAGCGAUCGUCAGGGUGAAGGAAGAAGCUGCUUAGAUUUAGGGUGACUGUGUACUUGUUUCUUUUAAAAAAAACCUGCUCCUUAUUUUGGACCAAUUUUUAAUGUGAACAUCUCUCGAAAUGCGUUAUAUUGUCACCUGGAUUUCUGGACACAUCAUGCAAAGGAUUGAAUAUAUUGGUUUUAGACUCUGAGCUAAAAACAUUGUCUUUUUUUUUUUUUUUUAAGUUUUCUUUGGCGUAUCAUAUGUUUUACUGCUAACAGUGUGUCUCCCCUUUUUAUCCGGUCGCACCAAAUACAGAAAGGCUUUGAGAAUCCAAACCAUUAUACAACCAAGUGCUGUUGAUGGUGCUCUGCCUUUGUGCCCAUUCUGCUGAACUGUGCUGUGACUCUGCCCGUGAGAUGGCAGGGUUACUGUAGCGAAUGACGAGUAUUCAGAGGCUUGGGAAGCUAUUUUAGACGUCUAUGUAAGGAUUAUUGGUGUAGUGUUGCGUCUUGUCGGAAGGUUUUUAUUUUAUAUGCUUCCUCUAUUAAAAUUUGAGUUGUUUUUGAUUGUAUGAUUGCAGACUUUAAUAUAAAGGGACCAAUUUGCCAUCUCAAUUCUGGACCAAUUUCUCCCUGAAAUGAAUAAUGACAUAAUGUCCAUUUUUAAAUAUUAGCUGUCAGACUCUAGGAAAUAUGAAGCUGUAUUAUCUAAUAUUUCAGUAUUUGUUUCAUGCCAUUAUUCUUUCUAUGAAUUGUGUACAAUUUCAUGUACAAAGCUUUCAACUUAUCAUUUGCUGAUAUAGCAGAACUGCAAUAAAUUAAGUUUAUACGA